CAACGGGCGGCUGGCGACACCGCCCACCAACGGCUCUUUGGCUACAGCUUUGUCAGGCAGAAAACUUCCUGAAUAGAGACACAAACCUACAAGAAGAAGAGGGAGUUAUUGGAGGAAACAACACGAAGCACCUGUCUGUUGUUGUUGUUAUAUCUUUGAUAUUAGACACUUAGCUAGCUGGCGUUAUAGUGCUCACGAUAGUUAGAUUACGACGGAGUUCACCUGCUCUAAACUGCUAAUCUACUGUUGUUGUCGUCCUGUCAUCUCAUUGGCAACAGUCCCACCACAGGUCCUUGUCUGCUCCCAUUCUGUCAGCCUCCGUGAGUGAUUGAAUGAGGUGAAACUGGCAUCAGUGGACAAGCACUCACACAAAGGGCCAUUGAUUGGUCAAGGAUGACCAUGGAAGACAUGAAGAAUGAAGCCGACGCCGCCUCAAUAGUCUCUAUGACUCUCUACACUGUGAUGUAUCCCGUCUUUAACCAGUUGGAGAAAGUCAACUUAUCAGCAGCGCAGACCUUGAGAGCAGCCGUCAUAAAGGCAGAGAAGGAGAACCCAGGUCUGACCCAGGACAUGGUUAUGAAAAUACUGGAGAAGAAGAACGUAAAAGUCGACUAUAAUGAGUCUCUACUUCGCAUGGCUGCAGACGAUGUGGAAGAGUUCAUGAUUGACAGGCGAGAGCCAGAGUUCCAGGAGCUGAACGAGAGGGCCCGAGCUCUGAAACACAUCCUCAGCACCAUACCAGAUGAGAUCAAUGACCGAGUAGGCUUCCUACAGAGCAUCAAAGACAUAGCCAGUGCCAUCAAGGAGCUGCUAGACACAGUUAAUACCGUCUUCAGGAAAUACCAGUAUCAGAAUAGACGGGCACUGGAGCAGCAGAAGAAAGAGUUUGUGAAAUACUCCAAGAGCUUCAGUGUCACUCUCAAGACCUACUUCAGAGAUGGAAAAGUGAUAAACGUGUUUGUCAGCGCCAACCGGCUCACCCACCAAACCAACAUGAUACUGCAGGCCUUCAAGACCCUGGUGUAGCAUCACACACACACACACAAACACACACACACACAGUUUUUUAUUAGAGAAUAGGUGAUACGAAGCUUUGUAAUUUGUAAAGACAUUUUAUUAUUUAUAAUUCUGUGGCUUUGAGGGGAGAUCAGGUAGUUUGAGGUUCAAAGCAAAUCAGGUUGACAGUAAUUGCCAGGGAUUUUUAACUCUCUUUUAUGUUGUUCUUUUAUCAGAUUCUCAAGUCGAUAUUUCUUUGUUCCUUUAUAUAUUUCGUUCUCUGUUCAGUGCUGUGUAGUUCUGACGAAGUUUAGGAAAAUGCGAUUAUUUCCCAUGUCUUUAAAAGUUUGGUGAUUGCACAAGUGCAAUGAAAAAAAAAGGGGCAUUCAGUUUCCAAACACAUUCCACAAUUUGUUUUGCUCUUUUGCUCUCAUGUUAUUGUCAUUUUUGUAGUGUAUAAAGUUUAUUGUAGGACUGUCAAUCGAUUCAAAUAUUUAAUCGCAUGACUGUCCAUAGUUAAUCGAGAUUGAUCGCAAAUUAAUUGCACAUUUAUUUUUUAUCUGUUCAAAAUGUAACUUAAAGGGAGAUUUGUCAAGUAUUUAAUACACUUAUCAACAUGGGAGUGGGCAAAUAUGCUUGCUUUAUGCAAAUGUAUGUAUAUAUUUAUUAUUGGAAAUCAAUUAACAACACAAAACAAUGACAAUGACUGUGUUCACCGUCUGCUUUCUUAGUCUUGUACUGUUCUAGUGUGCACUGCUUCACACAGUGCAUCAUAAAAACAACCUAUCCAGAUGAGCAGCUGUGCUGUUUUUCUUGUUGCUUUAGUUACAGAAAUAGAUGAAGUCUUUACAGUCUACUAACAAUUGAUAGCCCACUAUAUAAAAGAACACAUGGCUUUUUUGAUGAUGGGUAAUCAGAGAUGCAAAAUGUUAAGAUAAUGACCCAAUACAAAGCUUUUUUUGGAGGAUUAUACGGUAUGUACCAGGAAUGUGUAUGUACCCUGGCAGUUUUUUGCUGCAUGUCAAUGGUUUCUAACCUUUUUAAAAUAAUAUAUUGUGACAUGAGGUGUGAGCAGAUCACAAUGAUUUAUUCUUCUCUGAUUGUUUGAUUUAAAAGGUUUGUACAGAACUGAAGAGGUAAAGUUAUUAUUUUUUUCACAAGGAAAAAGCAAUUUUGUCUGAAUUUCUUUUUAUCCUGUAUUCAUACAAAAUGAAAAUCCACCAUGAAACUUACUUUUCAUUUUAUUUUUUGCUGGUGAAAUGUUCUUAUUCUUUCCCCCUUGUAAAUGCAGCAUACAUAACCAUAGAUGACAGUGAGAUAUUAACAACAAAGCAGAGAUUCUUUUCAGAAAUCCACCAAAAUCUGUUUCAAUGUCAGAUACUUAACAUUAAUGAACAAAUCAUUUGAUGUGUUUUGUACCACAAUCUCACAAAGAGAAGUGCAAGGACACAGCUGCAAUCGUGGGCACAAACUUGAGCUCAAAAACUUGGAGAGUCAAAAAGUAUAUUAUAAAAGUAAAUUCAAAAGUAGUUGAAGGUCAUUACAACAAACCGCAGAAGUAGACUUGGUUCGGGAAAAGAAGUUACAGAACUUCAAUAAUAAUUCUCAGACUGACAAAGUAUGACACACUGGGUAGUUCUUGCAACUUCUAAGACAUGGAUAUAUAAAACAACACAAUCCUAAAUUGAUAGUUUGUGACUUAUUCAGGUUUUUAUCCAGAAUUCAAAGAAUUUGAAGAUCUUGAAUAAGCCUUGAUUUAAUCUUUUAUUUGACCAUGAAUGUAUCAUUUCUCUUUCUAUCCCUCUAUCUUUCUGAUACGUUAAUUGUCACAGCCAUGGCAACAUUCCUUGUACCAAAUGUAAAUAAAAUUCCUCAAGAACUCUUAAACAAGAGUCACAAAGA